AUGGCGAGCAGCAACGUCUCCACCGUCUACAUCUCUGUCAUUGAUGACGUCAUCUCCAAGGUCCGCGAGGAUUUCAUCACCUACGGAGUCGGCGACGCCGUCCUAAACGAGCUCCAGGCUCUCUGGGAGAUGAAAAUGCUGCACUGUGGCGCGAUCUCGGGGAACAUAGACCGAACCAAGGCGGCUGCCGCGUCCGCCGGAGGCACCACCGGCACGACACCGCCCGUGCACGACCUCAACGUGCCGUACGAGGCCACAUCCGAGGAGUACGCCACCCCGACCGCUGACAUGUUGUUCCCGCCGACACCAUUGCAGACCCCAAUCCAGACUCCUCUGCCAGGGACAGACUCAGCGAUGUACAACAUACCCACCGGCCCUUCCGAUUAUGCCCCAUCACCGAUCAGUGAUAUCAGGAACGGGAUGGCGAUAAAUGGGGCAGACCCAAAAGCUGGCCGUCCAAGUCCCCACAUGCCACCACCUUCCCCAUGGAUGAAUCAGAGGCCUCUGGGUGUUGAUGUGAAUGUCGCUUAUGUGGAAGGCCGUGAAGAUCCUGACAGGGGCGUGCAGCCUCUGCCACUGACUCAGGAUUUUUUGAUGAUGUCUUCUGGAAAACGCAAGAGGGAUGAGUAUCCUGGUCAGCUCCCUUCUGGUUCUUUUGUACCACAGCAAGAUGGAAGUGCUGAUCAGAUAGUAGAAUUUGUUGUGUCAAAGGAAAAUGCAAACCAACUUUGGAGUUCCAUCAUCAACAAGCUUGAAACACCCACCAAGACAAUCACUCCAGUUAUUCCGCAGUGUGAUGGGAUUCAAGAUGACUACAAUGAUGUAUUAUUCUAA